CACGUCAGUCAUUGUGUCCUUGCCACCAACUUCCGGCUGUUCGAAGACGAUCAAGUGAACUGUCCUCGAUUGUUUACCUUAGCGGGUCAGUCAUUGGCUAGACAGUCGCUGUGUUUUGGCUCUCCGAUGUUCGGAGGGAGUCCAGACUGGGUGGCUCGCUUGCUGGUUUCACCAUGACUACUGAGUGACUGUCCUCUCGACUCACUAUGAACAGCGAGGAGGAGUUCUACGAUGCCGAGACAGGGCUUGAUUCAGAUGAUUCCUUGGAGGUCAGUUUCAAAGAUGCCCUGGUGUUUGACAGCAGCAAUCAAGUCACAGAUGGCUGCGCUGCAGAGUACGCUGCAGUGUGGCGGCAUAGGGAAACCCUGCCUGCUAAAAUGGUCACCAGAGGCAAUUUCAGUGUGACAAGCAUCUUGAGGAAAUGUAUUGGCAUGGAGCUGUCCAAAAUAGCCAUGCCGAUUGUGUUUAAUGAGCCACUCAGCUUCCUCCAGAGACUCUCGGAGUACAUGGAACAUACUCACCUUAUCCACAGAGCAUGCGCUUUGUCUGACUCCAUAGAACGCAUGCAGGUUGUUGCUGCCUUUGCGGUUUCAGCUGUAGCAUCUCAAUGGGAACGGACUGGAAAGCCAUUUAAUCCGUUAUUGGGGGAGACGUUUGAACUCACAAGAGAGGAAGAUGGCUACAGAUUGAUCUCAGAGCAGGUGAGCCAUCACCCUCCUGUCAGUGCCUUCCAUGCAGAGUCAUUGAAGCAAGAAUUUGCAUUCCAUGGAUCCGUCUACCCCAAACUCACAUUCUGGGGCAAAAGUGUGGAGGCCCAACCUAGAGGCACCAUGACGCUGGAGUUAUUGAAACAUAAAGAAGCAUACACAUGGUCCAACCCAAUGUGCUGCGUGCAUAACGUCAUUAUAGGAAAGAUUUGGAUCGAGCAGUACGGAACAGUAGAGAUUGUUAACCACAGCACAGGAGAGAAGUGUGUGUUGAACUUCAAACCGGGUGGAAUGUUUGGGAAAGAGCUGCACAAAGUGGAGGGUCACAUACAAGACAGCGGGAAGAAGAAAUGCCGCAUGAUUUAUGGCAAAUGGACUGAGUGCAUGUACAGUGUGGAGCCCAAGGUUUAUGAAGCACAUAAGAAGUCUAAGAAGGCAGGAGCAGACUCAAAGAAGCUGAAGGAGGAACAUAGUUGUGAUGGUGAGAAUACAGUUCAAGACACUGUGACUGUGAUACCAGGAAGUGCCUUACUCUGGAGGAUAUCACCACGGCCUCAUCACUCGGCACAGAUGUACAACUUUACCAGCUUUGCCGUGACCUUAAAUGAGCUGGAGCCUGGCAUGGAGCGACUACUGGCGCCAACUGACUGCCGGCAGAGGCCCGAUAUCCGAGCAAUGGAGAGUGGAGACUUAGACACGGCAAGUGCAGAGAAAGAGCGUCUUGAGGAGAAACAGAGGGCCGCACGUCGAAAGCGAUCCAAGGAUGAGAAGAAGUGGUCAACCAGGUGGUUCCAGCUGGGAGUCAACCCUCACACUGGUGUGGAGGAUUGGCUCUACAUGGGCGAAUACUUUGACAGGAACUUCGCCGACUGUCCCAACAUUUACUGACGGUAGAAGAUGUUCUCACUUGAUUUCACUCAGCAUUUUAAGAUAAGUGUGCCGUAUUGGACACAUCUGUGGUAGCGUUUGAACUAAUCAUGUCAAUGCCACCCACGGAAAAGGUUAUCCUAAGUUUACUCUUGUAGAUGUUGAUCAUAAUUCCCACUAUACUCACCUUUGAUGUGCUCUCCUAAUCAUAGCCCACGUGAUGUCAAUGUUACGCAGCUGUAAAAUGAUUUGAAUCGCAGGACAUACAGCCUGGCCUCCCUUUAAGUUCACACGCUAACCUUCAAUGUUACAUGUCAACGCACAAUGUAUUUCUAUCAAGUUGCAUUCAAAUGUCAGAGGUUAUUUAAACACAUGCUACUUUACUUUAAUGCGUUAUCAAAUAAAAAAGCCAACUAACCCGCUCUGAAGAGAUCAUGAGUGUUUUCUCGCAAUAGCAAGAUGCUUUUCCCCACAUUUACUUCCACAGUAAAAUGCUAUUGUAGGUUGCCACAUUCUGAUGUAGCUGCUAAUGUGUCGAUUUUUUUGGUGCACGCAUGGCACUCAAAGCUGGUCUUUUACAAAUGUCAAAGCCAUCAAAUAUCUUCUGCACUGAGGGAAAAUACUGAUGUAUUCAGAUCGAACUUCAAAACAAAGGGAUUCGAAGCAUACUGUGUUUUAUCCGAAAGCUGUGACUGUAUAUUUUAGACUUUUUAUAUUCACACAAGAGCCGUUAAUUCUGACGUGAGUGUAAAGACUUCUAUCAUUUUCUUCCAACAACCAAAGUCUAAUGUCAGAAUAGGGCUCGAACCUUUAUGCAAGCUGAUGCAUACAGUUGACCCCUCUGAAAUGUGAAAAAUUCAAACAUUUAAUUCCCGUAGGGCUGGAUUGAAAAACAUUGAUGAAUCGAAUUUCAUCUGUUUGCUUUUUUAUAGUCCAAUAUCAAUUCUUAAAAGAAAUACCAUCGCAGAAGCACUCAAACCAGCGCCAACAAGCUAGAAGGAAGACGUAUGGACGUUUUGGGGGUUUUAAAAAAUGUGAAAACAGCAAUGAACUUAUGCUUUGUGAAACAGUCACAAGAAGGUGAAUUUCAUGACAGUGUUCAACACGUUAUUUACACAGACUGCCCUGUGUUGGAAUUGAUUGAAAUUAUUUGUUUUGAUCAUGUCAUGUUCAAUAAAGCACACGUGAUGAAUGUAA